GCGCUCCUGUUCGCGGUCCCCAACGGACGCGCCUGCGGCGGGAACAAGAAGGGGUUGCUGGUGCCAGAUAGAUAUCCAGAGGAUACUGCAAGAAGAACUGAGUGACGGGAGAGUACCUCAUUGGUGGUUGAUUUGGGAAGGGAACUGUUGAGAGAAGGAGCUUUGGGAGGUGUGAAUUCCGGGAGCAGUUCAUUGAGGGGAUUAGUGUCUGAGGUAGUCGUAUUGGAGUCCCAUGGAGGUCAGAAGAGGCCAAGAAGGUACAGGAGGCAUGAGGGGCUACUACUGAGAAAGCAAGGGCCUUGGAAUGAAGACUCGGCCCCUGCACAAGAAGAAGAUGCUACUGCCACCUGUCUACUUCUCCUGAACCUCCAGAUUUCUGUCACAUUGCCCCAUGGAGGAUACACCCCUCUCACUCAGCUGCUCUGACUGUCAGCGCCACUUUCCUAGUCUUCCAGAACUUUCACGGCACCGAGAACUACUCCAUCCAUCUCUGAAUCAGGACAGUGAGGAGCCUGACAGCAUCCCUCGGCCCUACCGUUGUCAGCAGUGUGGGCGUGGCUACCGUCACCCAGGGAGCCUGGUCAACCACCGUCGGACCCACGAGACUGGACUUUUCCCCUGUACCACCUGUGGCAAGGACUUUACCAAUCCCAUGGCCCUCAAGAGCCACAUGAGGACACAUGCUCCUGAGGGCCACCGCAGGCACAGGCCCCCUCGCCCCAAGGAAGCCACUCUACAUCUACAGAGUGAGACAGUGUCUGCUGACAACUGGGGCCAGACUCUUGGACCUAGGGAAGGCUGGGAAAACCAGACAAAACAUACAAAAGAGACACAUGGUUGUGAAUCUGUACCUGACCCCAGGACAACUCCAGGGACUUUGGAAGAUACACCCAGCAGACAAAGAGAAGACUGGGAAAGCCAGCCAGAUCCUGAGGAGAGUGCUGAGGGCUGGGGUCCUACCACUCACUCUGCCAGAGCCCCACCUCUUCCCUUUCCACCUAGCAGCCUCCUUAGUAAUUUGGAACAAUAUUUGGCUGAAUCAGUAGUGAACUUCACAGGGGGCCAGGAGCCUACCCAGUCUCCUCCUGUUGAGGAGGAGCGGCGGUAUAAAUGCAGUCAAUGUGGCAAGACCUAUAAGCAUGCUGGGAGUCUCACCAACCACCGCCAGAGCCAUACUCUGGGUGUUUACCCUUGUGCCAUCUGCUUUAAGGAAUUUUCUAACCUCAUGGCUCUGAAGAACCACUCCCGACUCCAUGCCCAGUAUCGGCCUUACCACUGCCCCCACUGCCCCCGUGCUUUCCGGCUGCCCCGGGAGCUGCUGGAACACCAGCAGUCCCAUGAGGUUGAUAGGCAGGAACAGCCCUGGGAAGGUAAUGGGAUGCCUACUGCCAACGGGCACACAGAUGAUGAGAGUGCCCUGAACCAGAUACCUACUACGCAGAUGCUGAAUGGCUUGGAGCUCAGCAUUUCUGGGGAGUUGGAAGAUAGUGGCCUGGAGGAAUACCGGCCUUUCCGCUGUGGAGACUGUGGCCGAACGUACCGCCAUGCUGGGAGCCUCAUCAACCAUCGAAAAAGCCAUCAGACAGGUGUCUACCCAUGCUCAAUGUGUUCCAAGCAGCUGUUCAAUGCAGCAGCCCUCAAAAACCAUGUGCGAGCUCAUCACAGACCCCGGCAAGGAGCUGGGGAAGAUGGGCAGUUGUCAUUGCCUCCAGCUCCUCUGCUUUUAGCUGAUAUUACCCACAAGGAGGAAGAAACCCCCACCACCACCCUGGACUAUCGCCCCUAUAAAUGCAAUGAAUGUGGUCGGGCUUACCGCCACCGGGGGAGCCUGGUGAACCACCGCCAUAGCCAUCGCACAGGAGAAUACCAGUGCUCACUCUGUCCCCGCAAGUACCCCAACCUUAUGGCCUUGCGCAACCAUGUGAGAGUACAUUGCAAGGCUGCUCGAAGAAAUACAGACUCGGGGACGAAGGGUCCCUCUAGUCACCGCAAGGUGGAACUUUUACCUAACUCAGUGGGAGCAGAGCCAACCCUACACACAGACGAGGGGCACAUGUGCAAACAUGAAGAAGGGACUGUCAAUAUCCCCCCAACAGCAGAUAAAACACCACCACUAAUAUGUAGCAUCUGUGGGAUGCUUUUUGAAGAUCAAGAGAGUCUUGAACAACAUGGCCUGACCCAUAGAGAAGAGGGAAAUAGCAGAACAGAGACCACAGUAUCACCUCCUAGGGCCUUUGCCUGCAGAGACUGUGGCAAGAGCUAUCGACACUCUGGCAGCCUUAUCAACCACAAGCAGACCCAUCAGACUGGGGACUUCAGUUGUGAGGCCUGUGCCAAGCACUUCCACACCAUGGCUGCCAUGAAGAGCCAUUUGCGACGGCAUAGUCGGCGACAGAGUAGGCAUCAUCGAAAACAGGCUGGCAGUGGGGGGGGAGCCAAAUUCCCACUAGAGGGGUCCUGGGCCCAGGAGUUGGAAGACAGUGAGGGCCUGGAUUCUUCCCAAGACCCUUCAGGGGAAAGUACUUGUGGAACCAAAGGCAACUUGGAAACUAAUGGGGACUGUUUGCAGGCUGAAUCUGAAGGCCACCGUCAUGUGCUUGAGAGGGAUAAGGCCUGUUUCCAGGGUGAUAAAGAGAGCAGAGGAACUGAAGAAGGACUGGAAAGGAAAGAGGCCUGUUUCCUUGACAACUUGGACAUCCCAGGUGAUGAAGCCAAAGGCCCUUGCUUCUCUGAUGACCUUACUGGGGUGGAUGAAGACCAGAAAUCAACCACUGGUGAGCCCAACUCAUCUUCCCACUCUGCUGAAACUGUUACUAGCUGGCAGGCUGAGGUCACUCACAAAUGUUCUGAUUGUGGGCAUUCUUUCCCCCAUGCCACUGGACUGCUGAGCCAUAGGCCUUGCCACCCACCAGGCAUCUAUCAGUGCUCCCUCUGCCCAAAGGAGUUUGACUCUCUGCCUGACCUACGCAGUCACUUUAAGGACCAUGGGCCAGGGGAGGCAGCCUCAAAACAGCCUUUCCUCUGCUGCCUCUGUGGUAUGAUCUUUCCUGGACGGGCUGGCUACAGGCUUCACUGGCGCCAGGUUCACAGCUCCUCUGGUAUGACUGAGGACUCAGAGGAGGAUGGGGAAGAGGAAGGGGCAGCAGAGGUAGCCUCUACUCCUAGCACUCCACUGCAGCUCUCAGAAGCAGAGUUGCUAAAUCAGCUGCAGCGGGAGGUGGAAGCGCUGGAUGGAGCAGGUUAUGGGCAUAUCUGUGGCUGCUGUGGUCAGACGUAUGAUGACCUGGGAAGCCUGGAACGUCACCACCAAAGUCAAAGUCUGGAGAAUACCAUAGAUAAUGCUCCAAGCCAUUUGGAAACACCAGGUGAUGCCACAGAGAUAGCUACAGAUGCUCUCCUUGAGAGUACAGUGCCCUCUAUCUCUGGAGAGGGUGAAGACAUGAAGUCUGAAGAGGGAUUGAGUGACACAGUUCUAGACAGCCUUUGCAUGCAGGUUGGUGAAAGUUUUCCGGAGGUUCACCCCCGUCCCUUCCGCUGCAACCAGUGUGGCAAGACCUAUCGCCAUGGGGGCAGCCUGGUGAACCAUCGCAAGAUCCACCAAACUGGAGACUUCAUCUGCCCUGUCUGCUCCCGCUGCUACCCCAACCUGGCUGCCUACCGUAACCAUCUGCGGAACCACCCUCGCUGCAAAGGCUCUGAGCCCCAGGUGAGGUCCAUUCCAGAGGUAGAGUGCAGCAGUAAGCCCCAGAAAGUGACAGAGGGAAAGCCAGAGCAGGCAGAAAUGGGAAAGCUCCAAGAACUUAAAGUGGAACCCCUGGAGGAGGUGGCAAGGGUGAAAGAGGAGAAGUGGGAGGAGACCACUGUGAAAGGGGAGGAGGUAGAGCCACGGUUGGAGACAGCAGAGAAGGGUUGUCAGACUGAGGCUAGCUCUGAGCGGCCUUUCAGCUGUGAGGUAUGUGGUCGCUCAUACAAGCAUGCUGGCAGCCUCAUCAAUCACCGGCAAAGCCACCAGACUGGCCACUUUGGCUGCCAGGCCUGCUCCAAGGGCUUCUCAAACCUCAUGUCCCUCAAGAACCAUCGGCGCAUCCAUGCAGAUCCUCGGCGUUUCCGCUGCAGUGAAUGUGGGAAAGCCUUUCGCCUGCGGAAGCAACUGGCCAGUCACCAGCGGGUCCACGCUGAACGAUGUGGCAGUGGGGGCACCCGAAAGCUGAUGCGGGAAGAUCGGCCCUUCAGGUGUGGGCAGUGUGGUCGGACCUACCGCCAUGCUGGCAGUCUCCUGAACCACCGGCGCAGCCAUGAGACAGGCCAGUAUAGCUGCCCUUCUUGCCCCAAGACCUAUUCCAAUCGCAUGGCCCUGAAAGACCAUCAGAGACUACACUCUGAGACUCGGCGGCGGCGGGCAGGGCGGUCCCGGAGGGCAGCUGUGCGCUGCGCCCUCUGUGGCCGUUGCUUUCCUGGCCGAGGAUCUCUGGAGCGACACCUGCGGGAACAUGAGGAGGAGACCAAAGGGGAGCUGGCCAGUGACCAGAGAAGCUCAAAUGGCACAGAGGUCAGUGAGGGGAACCUGGUCAACAACAAAGAACUAGAGGACAGAUCAGGAGCUACUCAGUCAUUGCCCCAGCUGGAAGAUGGGGCCCCGAGGUUAGGAGAGCAUAGUCAGAACCCCACUAGGACAGCAGAUUCAGAAGUGACAGAGCCACUGUCCUGGGGCAUGGGGCAAGGAGAGAGAGGAAUGGUAAAUCACAAUGGAAGUUGGGUUCCUCAGGGUCAGGUAUUGACCAAGGCAGAAAACCAGUCAGAGGACAGUGUUCUCAGGAGUCCUUGCCACCUUGCUAACAACCAGUCCAAUGGACCUAGUCUAAGUCACAUGGAUAGCUGGGAUAAUGGAGAUAGCAGCUGUCAGCCCCAGCCAGAGAGCCACUCCUAUUCCUGCUGCCAGUGUGGCAAGACCUACUGCCCAUCAGAUGGCUUCAUGAACCACAACACCCAUAAGACAGACCUCCACUAUUGCCUGCUGUGCUCUAAGGAGUUCUUAAAUCCUGUGGCCACUAAGAGCCACGGCCACAACCAUAUAGCUGCUCAGGGUUUUUCUUGCCCUGAAUGUGGCAUAGCCUUUGAGUCACAGCAUGAAUUGGCCACUCACUUACAGACUCAGGCCAUGGGCCACAGUCAGUUGCCAAGUCCAGUAAAAGAAGCUGGAACUGUAGACAAGGUGGGGCUCCUUAGUCAAGGGAAAGUUCAGGAGACCCCAUCAGAAUCCCUCAGAGCUUCAGGGGAGGAUUCCAAGCAAGCUAGUGGAGGGCAAGGAGUAAACUUCACAGGGGCUGACAACAAAGAACGGCCCUUCCGCUGUGCCCAGUGUGGACGUUCCUACCGCCAUGCUGGCAGUCUGCUGAACCACCAGAAAGCCCACACCACUGGCCUGUAUCCCUGCUCCCUGUGCCCCAAACUUCUGCCCAACCUACUAUCUCUUAAGAACCAUGGCAGGACCCACACAGACCCCAAGCGCCACCGCUGCAGCAUCUGUGGCAAGGCCUUCCGGACAGCUGCCCGGCUGGAGGGCCAUGGGCGGAUCCAUGCACCCCGGGAGGGGCCUUUCGCCUGCCCCCAUUGUCCCCGUCACUUCCGCCGUCGAAUCAGCUUCCUGCAGCACCAGCAGCAGCAGCACCAAGCGGAGUGGACAGUGGCCAGCUCUGGAUCCCCAGUGGCACCAAUGGCAAGCAGAGGGGACGUGUCGCUGCCUCCUCCAGCCACCCCCACAACCCCACUCCCGGACCCUUCACCCCAGUGGCCUGCAGACCUCAGCUUCUCCCUCUGAACUUCAUCUCCAAAGAUCAGAACACUGGAGAGCGGGUGCGGGCAGGGACGGGCUUGAUCUCCAUGUUUCGCUCAGGAGUAGCUUGGGCAUCCCCAACUCUUCUCUCUCCCUGUGACAAGUACCCAGGUCUGGCUUCUUUCCUGAGAAGGGAUUGGGGUGUUUCCUCACUUCCCUGUUGAAGGAUCUGCUUCCCCCAACCUUUGUCACCAUGUUCUGCCAAGAUGCUGGGCCACCUUUGCCAGCCAGAUUCCAACACCAGGGAAAGGCAGGCUCAGAGAACACCAUGGGUGGGAAUGUUGCCUGUGAAAGGGGAGCCUUUUGCUACAGUUUGUAACUUAUUUUCUAAAGUCUAUUUUGUAACAAUUUAUUUAAGUUUUAAAAAAGGAAAAUUGCUCCCCCCAAAAAAGAAAUUUUCAAAACAAGUGGCUGGUGUGAUUGUAUCUGAGGAAUGAAGGGUAGAGACGUAGGAACACUGUAUUGGAGACCAGAGCUGUGGGAG